AUGUUUUCCGAAUCCGAAUACUCGGGGUCUAGCGAGAGCGCACAUAGCCUCGACUCGAAAGCGACCCUCGCCGACCUCCCCCAGCUCUGCGACGACAUGGACUGCUCCUACCCCAUCGGCCCCGCCUGCGCCAAAUGCUGCAUCGACAUCGAAGGCCGACGCAAGCCCGGCCCCAGGAACAAGACCGGCAUCUGGGCCCGGGAGGUCGGCGUCAACGCCCAGAUCUCGAUCUACGCCCAGAUCGCGGCCAAGCAGGCCCAUCCCGUGUUCGUCGGCGGAGCCUCUUACGCAUCCACGCAGUCCUCCGGCACCGCGUCCGAGGAGGAGGACUCGUGGGAAGACCAGUCGGCGAGCGACGGGCGCCUGGGCAUCGAUCCGCUCCUGCUCCUGUGCGCGAGCUGCCGCCCGGGCGUCUGCCGCUUCUCGAGCUCCCGCGUGAGCCGUGUCCCGCGGCCGCUGAAGACCGGCGACCGGGUCGACCGCUGGCUGGACGCGAUCUUCGCCCAGGACCUCGCCGCCAAGGGCCGGGACGAGCACUUCGUCGGCGGAGCUGAGGACCAGGACGCCGACCUCAGCGACCCCCCCUUUGGGCACUGCGAGCGGUGCCGUUUCCGCGCCGUGGACGGCAUGGAGGCCCUGCAUGAGCUUCAGUGUGCUUACGCGUCCCGGGAACAGGCCCUUGCGGAGGCCAGCAUCGCGAGAGCCGCCGACGAGGACCGGACGUGGAAGCGACGCAUGGCGACGUUCGGGGGAGACUGGGCCGUUGGAUGUCUGAAGGUAGAGAAUUGA